AUGGAUGAAGAACCAGAUAUACCCAAUCUGGAAUCCAUUCCGCAACAUAUUGCAGAGAAACUCCUGCAACUAGGCAAACUUGUUCCAAGGCAAAAGUUAAAUGCAGUUAGUAAACAUAUCAAGGGUACGGCGGCACUGCGCGCCUCCUUACCCAUGAUAUGUGAAUUUGACACUUUACGAAACCGUUAA